GCGAUGAUAGUCUGAACUUCAUUUAUACUUAUUUCCCCCUUUUCUUAGAUAAAAAGUGAAAGUGUUAAUUUUUGAACAUGUCAUCUGUCGGACAUAAAGACAAUCUAUGAAUGGCAAUAUUUGUGUGUUAAAAUGUGCCAGUUUUUCAGGUCUGACGUGAGCCCAAUAUAAAGAUGUGCAUUGUAUGGUUCUUGAUGGAGGGAAUCAGUCUGUCUUCUCUUGUGUAUGUCACGGCGGCCAACGAAAUAUUGAUAAUGCAACCUUACCAGAAGGCACCCUCUGUCUCUGGCCUUCACUGGGGCCUGGUAGCGGAAGUUGACUACGUGGUCAUCUACGCCCAUAUCAACAUUCUAAAGCUGGACAGAGACACGAAAGGCCUUAAAGUGGGCUUUAACGUGUCCAGCGUGCAGCAGGGGUCCAUGCUGUUGUGCGUCAUGACCAUUAGGCCCGAAGCCUAUUGCUUCAGGGACGAAAGGCGGUUAAGUGGGAAUGUCUGUUACUGUGACAAUAAGAAGAAAGAGUCCAUAACCUUUGUCUUGAAUGUGACGACAAAUAGAGAAAUGAACGGCAGCCAUUUUGUCUUCUGGCUAGACGAGGGAGAAAAUGUCAGCCUUCAACUUCCGGAACAUAUCUACGUUUCUAUGUUGGUUCCUAUCAUUGAUGACAGAGUGCUUCCCGUAGAAGAUUGCGACACCCAGAAGGAAAGAGAAGUUAAAAUCGCUCUAGACGAUUCCUACCUAAAACUGCUGGGUAUCUUCCAGAUCCUCGUAUUCGUCUUCUUCACUGUGGCUGCUAUAGUCUUGAUAGUUAUUCUGAUAUUCGUUACAGGAAAAGCCAAGAAAAGCAAAAGACCUUCCAAUGCAUCUAAACUUCCUUUUAUCUCUGAAAUGUAUCCUACUGCCAGCAGUUCCAAGAUAGAGAGAUAUUCUGUAGCCACUGGCCCUUCAGUGGCUGAAUCCAUGGUUGACAAGCCUGAUGGGAGAGAAAAAAGCCAAAUGAGUCACAUGUUUCGCAGGUCUAAAAGUGAUCUUUCUUUUUUGUAAGAAGGCAUCCCCUUGACUGGCGCAGUCAUCCUGCGAUGGCUACUGCGUUCAUGAAGAAAUAGUGACGGACAGACGUGCUGACAUGACUAAUGAGAACUUCAGAAAUUACAUAAAGAGGGCUAGAGAGGAGUGUAGCCUUUAUUUGGCGUAUAGGCCUACAUAAAAUAA